ACGUUCCAAGAGGUACGGCACCGCGGUUGGCUCAAGAUAACUGCGUUCCUCUACAAGCUUCGCAAUUCUCGUGCGCGGUGCGCUGAGUAUCUAUCUAGCUAUCCGGCUGGUGCGUUCGGCUUGCUGAGCGCCGAGUUUUAGGCAGCGGCUGAGUUCCGGGACUCAUCGAAAGCAGCGGUGAGGCGGCAAGGUGCCAUAAAGAGGGACCAGCAUUGCUUUGGACCACUGUACAGCGUGUCAAACGCCUUGUAGCAAACCUGGUGCAAUCAUUACAGUUAUCAAGAUUAUUUGAAUCCAGCAGAUUUAAGAAUUCUUUGGCGUCGGCUUCAAAUCAGUGACAUAAGAAGAACAUGAAGGGGAACUGAAGAGGUGCAGCAUGGCUCACAACUGCCUGCAGUGCAUUAAGUACCUCAUGUUUGUCUUCAACUUGCUCUUCUGGCUGGGAGGCUGUGGGAUCCUUGGAGUUGGCAUAUGGCUAGCCGUUACUCAAGGGAACUUCGCUACCCUCUCUUCUUCCUUCCCUUCUCUGUCAGCUGCCAACCUGUUGAUCAUUACAGGGACUUUUGUGAUGAUCAUUGGCUUUGUGGGAUGCAUAGGAGCCAUCAAAGAAAACAAGUGCCUCCUACUCAGUUUUUUUAUCAUGCUGUUAAUUAUAUUUGUGCUGGAGCUCACGGUGGUGAUUCUUUUCUUCGUCUACACCGACAAGAUCGAUAAGUAUGCUCAGCGGGACCUGAAGAAAGGGCUUCAUUUGUACGGAACUGAUGGAAAUAUUGGUUUAACUAAUGCAUGGAGCAUCAUACAAACAGAUUUCAGAUGCUGUGGUGUCUCCAACUACACUGACUGGUUUGAAGUGUACAAUACCACACGGGUGCCAGAUUCAUGCUGCUUGGAAUUUAGUGAAAACUGUGGACUUCAUUCCCCAGGGACCUGGUGGAAAGCUCCUUGUUACGAAACAGUGAAAUUAUGGCUUCAGGAGAACCUGUUAGCAGUUGGAAUUUUUGGAUUGUGUACAGCAUUGGUUCAGAUUCUUGGACUGACAUUUGCAAUGACCAUGUAUUGUCAGGUUGUCAAGGCAGACACCUACUGUGCAUAAAAAUCAUCUUCAGGGUCCAUCAGCCACCUCUCCACAAGACGAAAAGAGAGGACCCUUCAUCCUGUUGUCAUAUUUUUUCUAUGUAAAAUAAACUGUAUAAUCCUCUAUGGAUAAAUUGUGGAUCACCCUAGUUUUGUCACACCACUCAAACGGUAUCAUCGUGGAACUCAGACUUGCUCCGACAAAAAUUAAUUCUUCUCUCUAAAAUGGCAAGAAAACAAAGAAAGGAGCUGCUCUCUGUUGCACAGACUGUGGUUUAGUUCGAGGCAGAGUUUAAUCUCUGCAGGAUGUUGACAAAUAGAAAUGUUCCCAUCUAGCCCUAUUUCACCCGUCCUCAAAGUACAGGGGGCUCUUUCUCACGAUGACAGAGAGGAUGUGGAACAGGCCAUUUCCUAGCAUUUGGUUUUAGCCAGCUUAGCACCUCGGUCCAGGGGCAUGCUUUGGACUCUCAAAAUUGUGUCAAGGAAUGAGAGGCCUUUGGGGAAAGCGUGAAGAAAGGGUUUCAGAUGUCCAAUCAGAUCUGGCUUGUAAACAGAACUGGAAUUCUUACUCUUUAAAUCAGUGUAAUGACGUUCAAAUGUUAAUGUCUGAAUACAUCCACACAGAUACACACCGACAAUUCUAGCAGCUGCCUACAAAGCACAUCAGUCUUCUCUUCCUUUGUAUUCCACGGGAUCAUGGAGUCAAAUGGAAAGAUCUCUUAGGGAAGAAACUUAGGCUACUGAGAAAUAAGUAAUUGCAUCAAACAGAUUUAUUCUUCAGCGGAUAUGUAAUCACCUUCCUGUCACUGUCCUCUGGAAUUUUUUUAAGUGUCAUUCCAGUUUUGGUGUUCCAAUAUAUCCCUUUUUUUUUCUGUUGUUGGCCCCUUUGUCUCUUUGCCUUUUCCUUAAUUUGCUAUGUCAUAUUUUUACCUUUAAAUAGGAUAGAUUCACUAGGGGGGGGAAACUUGCUGUAAACAUGUUUUGUAGCUGCUUCUUAAAAGAAACAAAUUAUUCCAAGAAGGAAUUGAGAUGUUUUAAUUGAAGAAAUUUCCUACUAACCAAAAAGGUUUUAAACAGACGUUCAUUUCCCUUUUUUCUUUUAUCUGCUAUAAUAUACACAGAAGAACAUGCAGGUAAAGAUUUUCAAGCACAUUCCCAUCACUGCUUACAAUCACAGGCUAGUGAAAGGCUAGCAUAGAUUAUCUGCUCUCCGUCUCAACUGUGAAGAUUUAGAUCAAAAUGCUUGAUGGAUCAGCUAUAUCUGUCUUGCUGUAACAAAUCAUAUAUCAAUAAAAUGAGUGGAUUAUCAUUGUAGGUGAGCACUAAUACGUGUGUUAAUACCUGCAUGCUGACGAUUGAUCAGACUUAAAAUGCAUAGUUGUAAGCCAGUAUAUAUAUAUAUAUAUAUGAAUAUAUGUAUACGUAUAUACCACUAACUGUGGCUAUCAUAACUGGAAUUGUUCUUGAUCAUGAAUAUGGUGUUCAUGAUCUUAACAUCCAAGAAUUUAUAGUCAAUGUAUAUACAUUGCUGGUCCACUCAGAGGCCAUUUAAAGACAGUUCCCUUCCCUUCUGUUCUGUUCUGCUCAAAAAAAUAAAAAUAAAAGCAAAGGGACAUUAAUUCAGCCCUUUCCUUUCUUUCCAUCCUUUUACAUUCAGUAGAUCAUUGUUUAUUUUUCUAGUAAUGGAAGCUAAUGAGUCAGGUUGGUGCAGUGGUUAAAGCACCAGGCUAGAAACUAGAAGACAGUGAGUUGUAAUCCUGCGCUUUAGAGGCAAAGCCAGCUGGGUAACUUUGGGUCAGUCUCUCUGUCUCAGUCUGAGGAAGUAGGCCAUGGCAAACCACUUCUGAAUUCUUGUGAAGAAACCUGCAGGGACUCGUCCAGGCAGCCAUCAUAAGUACCCCCUCCCAAAAAAGGAAGACCAGAAUAUGCAACCCUGUGUUGAGGCCUGUAGGUUAAUACAAGUUAUUUUCCCCUUAAUAUUCAUAGCUCUUUGAAGCAUAUAAGAAUGAAAGUUUACAACUGCAAAAAGAGAGUCAACCAUAUAAAAUCAAGACCAACCAUAUCAGUAACACCCUUAACUAAGGUCUCCCUCUGCGAAACUAAAGUUUCAUGAUUCCAUGCAAUGUAUGGGUGUGUGUGUGGGGGGGCAAUCUUACAUCUGACAUAUAUGCUUGAUUGCAGACAAAGCAGCCAAUGUAGGGUACAGUAUUAUCCAUUUACAGUAUAAACUAUAUAAAUAGUUUCAAUACAAACGUUUAAUACACAAAGAAAAAUAUGAAAUAUGGCAAUAUCUUGACUAUGAUAGGAAAUGUAGAACAUUCUAAUCUUUUUCUGUAAUGAAGCACUACCUCAGGGCUAUAAUUCAAGGAAGAAGUAGUAUAGGUUAGGAUUUGACCUUUAGACAGUGGUGGGAUUCAGCCAGUUCACACCACUUUGGGAGAACCGGUUGUUAAUUUUCUGAGCAGUUUGGCAAACUGGUUGUUGGAAGAAAUCAUUAGGGCAGAGAACCGGUUGUUAAAUAACUUGAAUCCCACCACUGCCUUUAGACCAAUUGGUGCCCAUGCUCUUACAGAAGUGCUCCCCAACCUAUUUGACACCAGGGGCUGGUUUUAUGGAAGACAAUUUUUCCAUGGACUUGGGGGCAGGGGGAGGAGCACACAACCUAGAUCCCAUGCAUGCACAGUUUCACUCGCCCACCGCUCACCUCCAGUUGUGCUGUCUGGUGCCUACAGGCCAUGGAUCAGUACUGGUCUGUAGCUCGGGGAUUGGGGACCCCUGCUCCAGAGCAGUGUUUCUCAACCUUGGAAUUUCAAGAUGUGUGGACUUCAACAUUCAGACUUUGCAAGCCAACACGGUUGGCUGAAGAAUUCUGGGAGCUAAGUCCACAUAUCUUAAAGUGGCCAACAUUGAGAAACACCGCUCUAGAGUUUAUCAAUUAACAUAUUGCCUACCCAAAUUCAUACAUGAGUGAAGAGUUGAAGAGUCCAGCAGUAGCCAGUUAUAGCAAAUGUGUAGAAUUUCCUAUUCCACCCUGCAGUUGACGCUUUUGAUUCCUCUUGUCCUGUUAAAUGUGCAUACAAUGGACAAGUUUGACUUCAAGCAAUAAUGUACAUGUUAUUUUCCAAUUAUUUUGUGGUUUUGAUUCUUUCCCCUAUACAGGAAUGAAGAGUGACUUUGAAAUUCCAUUGCUGUUAGUUGUCAUUGCUCAUUACUUUUGACUGUUUUACAAGCACACCUACUGACAGCUUUUAGAUUGCCAUCUCUGAAGACCAUUAUCAUAAAAUAAGGCAAUACAAAUAAAACAUAGGUUCUAAAAGUAAAAUAUGAGUUCUAAAAAUAUUAAAGUACUCCUGAAGAUCCCCUUUAUACAAAUAAAACUGGGUAACUCAGCAGAAUUACUCCCAGAAAUUAAGUCAUAGAAGUGAGCAGGAAUCUCAGCAGGAAAUGUUGUUGUUGGUCACAAAGUCAUGUCCGACCCAUCGCAACCCCAUGGACAACAUUCCUCCAGGCCUUCCUUUUCCUCUACCACAGCAGGGAAUAGGUAGGCAUUAAUCAUUUCUUAAUACUGAUUGAAAAAGAAAGAAACUAAUAACAAAGCUCAAUAGUUAAACAAUAACCUCAAGGGCUUCCUGAAUGUUACAGAACAGGGAUCUCCAACUUUGGCAACUUUAAGACUUGUGGACUUCAACUCCCAGAAUUCCACUUCCAAGACCCCUCUCCCAUCCCCACUGAGUCCAUGAUCAUCCAAAAGUCAUCUUGGGUUACACCUAAGUCAGGGGUGUCCAAACUUGGCAACUUUAAGACUUGUGGACUUCAACUCCCAGGAAUUCUGGGAAUUGAAGUCCACAAGUCUUAAAGUUGCCAAGGUUGGAGACCCCUGUUACAGAACAAAUAGUAACAAGUAUUUCAUAGUUUGGAAAUCUAGAUGAAUAGCCUUACUGUCUACUGUGUGUAUGCCGGCCAUUCAUUGCAAAGAUGGAGGGCUUGCUGUUUCUGCAACAUCACAACAAGAUAAGUAGGAUUUACACUUGGAUCAUUGUGUUUAGAAGGCCAAGAUCAUUCUAAGCUGGGGAUUUAAUUUUCAGUACCCAAACUGAACCAGCUAGUAAUGUUUUCAUAUUUAACCUUAUUAUUUAUUAAGUUUAUAAGCUGCUAUAAUCACUAAUGACAUGUGAAAGGCCACUCUUUGAUUUCUAAGACUUUAUUUCAGGAGAUUAAUUUUAAUGGAAGGACUACUUUCUUGCUGUUAUUAGAUAAUUGGAACCUCUUUUCGGGAUACUGUACAUCCCCUAAAUAUCUAGCAUCAGAUUCUGAUAUCGCUUCUGCAUGCUGGCAAUAUAAACAUUUCAACACCGAUUGAGUAACUCUAACCUAAACAACACCAUCAUGUUAGUAACUUUAAAUAUCAUCAUAGGAAGCCUAAAUCAUCAUCACACUAUCCAGAGAGGAUGCUGUUCUUGAUUCACAGGACAUUGUCAUGACAAAAGGCAGGUGCUGAAAAUCUAAGGAACAUAGUUGUAUAAAUGAAAUACUGAGACAUUUUUCUUUAAAGCUGUUAAAAAAAAAGUGUACAGGACUGAAUGCAACAUAGAGAGCAUUUGAAAUGAGAGGAACUAAGACUGUAUACCAUGGGGAAUUACUUGCUUCUCCGAAGCUUCCUCCUUAUGCACGUUAGAAAAACCUUGGUGCUAAAGCAAAUCAUGGCUGCCUGUAACACAGAAACCAAAUUUAGGAAACCAUCACCAGCCAUCAGACUAGGUACCUGUAGCUAACACAACAGGCUACUGUGUACUCAUUAUGCGUCAUUAAUUGGUCACUCAAAUCCCUGAUCAGUGGGGUUUUUUUGGGGGGGGGUUUAGGGCAGAAAAUAAUUGAGCACGAAUAAGCAAUUUUUACAAGUCCGAUUGAAAGAAGGAAAUGCUUGUGAUACUAAUUUACUAACUCUUUAGUGACAUGUAUUCCAGGCAGCAUUCAAGAAGCCAGUGCAAUUCCUUUUCUAUAUUAUAAGCACAAGGCUUUAAAUAUAUAAUAUGACCAAAGCCAUUUAGGAUCAGCUGUGGAGCCUGCCCCCUAAAGGUUCAGGUUUGGGUCCAGGGUGCUUAAUUUCUGUUUCAUGGCCCAAAGACUUCAAGUCAAUGCAAAUUAAGGAUGUGAGUUUACAUUUCUGUCUUACUUGCUAGAAAUGUGUCUUUUGUCUAUUGUGAAUAUUCCUAAAAUGAUGUAUGCUUUAAUAUACUGUAAAAUAGCUAUUGAUAGCUACCUAGGUUUGUUACCUAUGGGGGGGGGGAGCCUGGGAGAAGGAAGGUUCAGCCCAAUAAUAGGUUUCUAAUCUACAAUAUGUUUUUCUAGCACAUUAUGUUAGGAUCUCUCUUUCAGUUUGCUGUAUUAAAAGGUACAUUUUCCACAUAUGCUAUGGAAGAACAUGCACCUUAGAAAUCAGAACAUAAAGACUUCUUUAAAAUUGUGCAAUGAUGUUGCUGAUAGCACAAAGUAACUCCCAGGAGUUUCCAGUCAACACAACCACCGACAACGGCAUCAGGAGGACACCAGGAUUUGGGAUCACUAGAGAUGGGGCAACUUAAUGCUCUGCAGUUAUCCUGAACUACAAUCUUCAUGCAGGUGGACUAUGAUGGGGUAUUGAACUCUCCAGAGAUCUGGAAGGCACCCGUUUAACAAAGGAUGGAUUGGAGUUUCCUAAUCAUGUACUAAGAUUCUAUCUAAACAGCACCAGAACAAGAGUGUAUAGCAAUCCAGGUUGUUGUUUUUUUAAAAGACUACGAAUGACAUGCAAACUUAUUCUCUGUAUGUCCUGCGUGAGAUCCCAUAGAUCUCAGUGGAAUUUGCUGCCCCAAACUGAUGCACAAGACUACAGCCUUCAAAUCUUGAAAGCUGUUUUUCCAGAUUAUGUCAGGCAAACCUGAGUUUGCUACAGUGGAUACCCUUGACUAAAGCUCAACUCUAGGUGUGACAAAGCAUCCAUCCAUCCCUGGCUUUAGCCUGUACAUUUUUAAACGCAUACAAAAAAAAAGCAACAAGAGGAAAACCACAGGGUGAGAGAAAGAUGCUGCUCUUUCUUCUUCGGCUGUUUCGUUCCUUUAAAAAUUGCCACCCAAAUAUUUUUCUUCACAGCAUUAUCCACUAUAGUUACCCUACAAAAGACAAUCUGUUUAAAAUAGAAGCACAUUCUGAGACAAGAGCAUGAAUGGCUUUUCCCAUUGCCUGGUCUCCACCACCGCACAAAACUGGUUGCGCCUUCAAAUGUUCAACCUCUCAAAUCUGAAAAUCCAACUAGAAAUCCCAGACAAGUUACCUAAUUCAAAUACAAGUCACAUCCAGUUUAGGUCAGAGAUUUGCAGUAACCAUCUACUCAUGGCUAUGUAUAUAUUUGCAAAUCAUUUGGUAUUUCUAGAUAAGCACAUAGAAAAUGUAUAAAACAUAACAUGAAGAUUUCCCAAAGUUCUAGCAAUGAUGUGAGAGAUUGGAGGUCCUCUGCAUCUCCCGUCUACAGUUUUGUAAAUGUUGCUCUCCAUUUUACAAAAUGUUUUUAUUAUGUGGCUCUACUUCUUUUCAUAUUCCAGUUUUCAUAAAACUACUUUUUUUAAUGUUACCUGUUACUAUCCAUUGUAGUUUUUCUUGGUUCCUUGGGUAUUCUUGCAGGAAAAAGGAAUGGUAUAUUUUCAUGCACCUCAUAGGAAAAUAAAGCUAUACAUUAUUUUUUAAAAGCUUAUUAAAUAUUCUUUAAAGUUUACAGCAGAUUGUGUUUUGUAUUCUUUAAUAUUUCUGUAUACAAUAAUACUAAAUACUCUUACUAAAACACUUGCAAGUUAUAUUUAUGUGGGGGAAAUACACAGCACAUUUUCUCUAUAUUCAUUAUGUUCCUAUUUGUGCGAUGGUGGCGGGUGCUACAAUAAUUUAGUAUUGUUUUGUACGAAGUCAAUUUUUCAUUGAAAACAACCUGCUGCAAUUCAAUUUUAUGGCUUAAAAAUUACACAACUUGGGUUAAUGCACUUACAUGAACCUGUAAGAAUUUGUUUACACCCUUUGAAUAAAAUUGGUUUGGAACUUC